AGUUCAUAUCUCAACUUAUAAUCAACAUGGAAUCCAUGAGUAUCAUACAAAGCUUUUACAAUAAAAAAAGUAUAUUUAUCACGGGUGGAACUGGAUUUAUGGGAAAAGUUCUUAUUGAAAAACUGUUACGUAGUUGUAACUCAUUAGAAAGGAUUUAUAUUUUAUUACGACCGAAGCGAGGUCAAUCAGUUGAUGAUAGGUUGAAUGAUAUCUUCAAAUUGCCGCUAUUUGAUCAUAUCAAAAAAGUAAAUCCAAAUGCUUUCAAUAAAUUAGUAUCCUUAACUGGCGACGUAACUAAAGAAAACUUAGGACUUGAUCAUGAACAAGUUCAAGUUUUACAUAAUGAAGUUCAUAUCGUUUUCCAUUGUGCAGCAACAUUAAAAUUGGAAUCUAAUUUGAAAGAUGCUAUAUCAAUGAAUACCAUUGGCACACGAAAUGUUCUAAGUAUUGCUCGUAACAUGAAAAACCUGCAAUGCUUUAUUCACCUUAGUACAGCAUUUUGUCAUGUAGACCAAAAAGAACUUACGGAAUCUAUUUGUUGUAUCUCAGAUAAUCCUCAUGAUGUAGCAAAAUUGGUACAGUGGUUAGAUUGCGAAUCUUUGAAUUCGAUAACAACAAAAAUAAUUCAACCCCAUCCGAAUACGUAUACGUAUUCAAAACGAUUAGCAGAGAAGUUAAUAGCAGAUGAGUUUCCUAAGCUACCAUGCGCGGUCGCACGUCCAUCUAUAGUUACUCCGGCUUGGUCUGAACCAUUACCAGGUUGGGUUGAUAAUUUGAAUGGACCUGUAGGAUUGAUAGUUGGAGCUGGUAAAGGUGUCAUUCGCUCAAUGCACUGCAAUCCGGAUUUUCAUGCAGAAGUUAUUCCUGUUGAUUUAGCGAUAAAUGCAUUGAUAGCUAUAGCUUAUAAAACCGGGACAACAUCGAGAUCAGAUGAAAUUCCAGUUUAUAAUAUUACUCAGAACGGUGUUAUACCAAUUACAUGGGGUGAGGUUUUACAAAAGGGAAAAUCGGUAGCUUAUGAUUAUCCUUUUGAAGGUGCUAUUUGGUAUCCAGACGGUGAUAUACGUGGAAGUAAAUUUAUUCACAAUCUAUUUGUUUUUUUUUUCCACAUAAUUCCUGCGUAUUUUAUAGAUUUUAUUAUGUUUCUCUGUCGACAAAAGAGAUUUAUGGUUCGCAUACAAAAGCGUAUAUCAGAUGGGCUAGACGUUCUUCAAUAUUUUACUACUAGAGAAUGGAAUUUCCACAAUACCAAUUUACUAAAUCUUUGGAGAAGUAUGAGUGAACAAGAUCGACUAAUAUUUUCAAUAGACUUCUUCAAUGUAGAAGAGAUGGAGUACAUUAAGAAUAUAAUCCUUGGAGCUAGACAAUAUUGUAUGAAAGAAAAAUUAAAUACUCUACCUAGAGCUAGAAGACAUCAAAAUCUGCUUUAUAUCAUCCACGUAGCAUCUGUAUAUAUCUUUUAUUUCACCGUUAUUUACGCUGUAUUAACAAAUUCAAAAACAGUAAGAGAUGCUUUAAACUGUAUUAUGUAUGCAGCCAAAUCUCUUUGCAACAAGUUUUAUGAAUUUCCAUAA